AUGUUGCCCAGGCUAGAGCCGCUGGUGUCGAGCGGGAGAAUGAGCAUUGUGCGGGGGGGAGGUCUGGACGAGGCCUCGAUGAAGUCCAUUCUUAGCACAGCGCGCGAGAAGUUCAAUGAGGGCUUCUCCUCUCUCAGCAUGUCGCGGAGUUUCAGAUCGGGCGAUCAACUAUAUGACAGUUCGGGCGGAACAGCAAGGGAAGAAGAUGAGGAGGAGGAGCGGAGACUGGCUGAUGACAUGGUGAGGCCUUCGACUGCAGGACGAUAUGGGCUCCCACAAAGAUGCAGCUCGGUCCUGGGCCUCCAUUCACCUGACCGUGAUGUGUAUGGAACACUGCGUAGCUCGGGACAGACGAAGCCGGUUCUUGACUAUGUGGAUCUAGAAUGCUUGCUGCAGGAGAAGUUGAAGGAAGUUAAGGUGCAGAUGCCCAAAUCAAGGAAAGGAAGAAGGAAAAGAGAGCACGUGACAGCUUUGGAUGAGAGCGAUGAAGCAUGCGGAAACGAUGCCCAUCGCGAUGGAAGGGACGUGGAUGUAUUGGAAUACUCUAAGAGGAUCCAAGAAGCCUCUUUCUUGUUCAGCCUCUGCCAGCAGGAAAUUCAAUUGCAAGUUGAUAUAUCAUGCCCAGAGCGAUCCCGACUCACAGACAAGACACUCGAAUUCUUCUCCACGGUUUUGCACUGCCUCACAAAACCUUAUCACGAUGCUUGUGAAGAACUUGGUACUCUGAGGAAACAAAGGAUGGGGGAGAAGAAUCAUAUGAAGAAAGUCUUGGACGACAUGUAUUCAUGGACCAAGGAAAAUCAUUCACGAUUCAACCACGAUAUUUGGGAGCAAGUCUGUUGCUGCAAGUCUCAUGAAGCUUGGCUUGACAACUGUUCCAACGAGAUUGUAUCAGAAGAAAGUUAUGAAUUUGAUACAUUCAUGGAUCAUGUUCAGAGUAUGUGGAAUUUCAUGAAAUGCACAUCAAUAUCUUUGGUUCAGUUACAGGAGAAGUACCAUGCCCUUCAAGAUGACUCUGUUUCCAAGAAGACAUACUUCGCGCUUGAGCAUGCUCAGAGUGAAUCGCAGAAGCAGAUCGCUGAUUUGCAGAAUCAACUGAAUGAGUUGAAGAUCUCAAACCAGUCAAAAUUGUUAGAAAUGAGUGAGACAGACAAGAUUGCUCGACAAAGAAUCUCACAGCUGGAAAACGAAAUUGAGUCGAGGGAAAAGCAGGCACAAUUAUCACACAAGGAAUCCUCUGUAAAAAUUUCAGAACUACAACUGCAAAUUGAGGAAUUGGCAAAAGAACAAGAUAGUCUGCGAGCUAGAUUACUGCAGCAGAAGGGAGAGAUGGAUCAACAGCUGAAGGAGAAUGCAUCGCUCAAGGAAUCCUUGAGUACCUUUGAAGUUCGUUCGUUUCCAGCCUCGUCCUUUCUUACAGACCUUUGUUUGCAGGUCAAACUGAAAGAGGCGAACGCCAAAAUUCUGGAUUUGACCAACACUGGAGUUGUCUUGACUCCUCGACCAUCUUGGAACUCGUUUGACUGUUGCAAGACUCUCGGAGGGACUUCUUCGGAGAUUGCAGGCGCUGUAUGUGCCCAGCUCGAAUCAAGCACAAAGAGGCUGGAAGAGCUCGGGCAGGAGCACUCUUCCAGCUUGCUCGUGAAUGAGAACUUGCAACGAGAAGUAGCGCAAGAAAGGACCCGUCUGUCCGAGGCAACCAACAAGGUCCAAGAGCUAAAAUCCAAGCUUGACUCCAUCGAGAACCCUAAGCGCGCCAACGCAUCCUGCGGAUGUCCCGAGCGACGGGAAGGGUUUGUCAUGGUGCCUCUUUCAGAGUAUCUUGCGAGCUACCUCUCGAAGAGGUUCGGGCUCAAAGGAGAGAUGGCGUCAUGGGAAGUGGAGAGGAUGCAGAAUGAGAUGGGUUGGGUGCUGGAGGCGGAGGUUGGGAUGCGGAGCGAGGUUUGA